UGUUCUCCCUUUCUUAAGGCUUCAAACUUUUGCGUGGCAUUUGCUUUUGAAUGUCCGUUUGGUUCUGGAAAAUCGGAAAAAAAAUUUCCUACUCGGGAAAAACUGCUGUUUUCAAGAGCUGAACAGAUUCAAAUUGAACCUGAGGCUAAAACUCUAGGGCGGCUCAAAUUUUCUUUUAAGGAAUUUAGUGACUGUCAUUUGCAUAGUGAUCAUACCAAUUCGAGUCGCAUUGCCAAGAUUUUUGGGUCCUUCCAAUGAAAGAUUUAGAAAAACAGGUUGUUUUCGACAUAGAAAGUUUGGAAAUCUAACAGAAAGCGACUUCUAUUUGAAUUUGAGGGAUCACAAUUCAUUGAAAGGACAGUCAUCGUGGUAGAUACUAGGAAAUUUCCUAGAGCCCAACCCAAACCGAAGCCAUUGACCCCAUCAAAGUCAUCUCUUUUAGUCAUUGAUGGUUCAGGACAUGGAUAAGAUAAUUGUUCGGAUGGGAGGAGUUCAUUAAGCAAUUGCAUCAUUUGAUUUUGGAAAGUUCAGAGUAAAUGGACAGCCGGCUGUUUCAGGCAAUCGUUGGCUACGACCUCAACUCUUUCGGCAAUCUAGUUAGAGAAAAUGGGGUCCCCAUCUUGGAGCAAAGAACAGCUGAAUCAUUGAACACUCCGCUGCACUUAGCUUCGAAACUCGGGCAUGCGCAGCUGGUGGAGGAGAUCGUCAAGCUCUGCCCCGACAUGGUCUCCUUGGGGAACUCAAAGCUUGACACUCCUUUCCAUGAGGCCUGUUCUGGUGGGCACGUCAGCGUGCUGAGGCUGCUCCUGAAGGUCCGCCCAUGGGAGAUCUUCCAACUCAAUGGCCAAGCUGAGAGCCCUCUGUACAUUGCUAGCAAGAAUGGGCAUGGUGAAGUCGUGAAACUAAUCGUGACCCUGCCGGGAAUGCUCGAGAUCGAGGAAGAGGUGUCGAGUCAAUCUUCUGUCCAUGUCGCUGCCUUGAGAGGCCACACAGAUAUUGUUACAACAAUAUUACAGGCAUGCCCGAAAUCCAUCUACAAAGUGGACAGUAAUGGAAGCUCACUGCUGCAUUAUGCCUGUAUAGGUGGAUACCUAAAGAUGGCCAUGAUUCUUGUGAGGAAGGACGUCGCACUUACUUGGCGAUAUGACAGCGACGGUUACACACCACUGCACUUGGCAGCAAUGAAUGGGAGCAUUGAUAUACUUAAAUUCCUCCUGGAAUAUGCACCGACGUGCAUAAAUUAUCGUACCAAAGAUGGGGAGACCGCUUUCCAUCUUGCUGCGAGAUUCAACCGAUACAAUGCUUUCGUGCUGUUGGCGCCAAAGUUCAGCAGCACAACUAUCCUGAACAAGCAAGACAAGUAUGGAAAUACCAUUCUUCACCUUGCAGUUGUAGGAGGCCAUUAUCGAUUAGCUGAGUACAUCAUCAGCCAAAUAACAGUGAAGAUUAGCACACAGAACAGGAUAGGAGAUACCGCAGUUGACAUCCUCGAUCGUCAAGUGAGCACUUCGGACACCCAAAGGCUCAAAGACAUCAUUGCAAGAGCCAACACCGAGAAAAGAUCGAAAGAGCCACAGGGGACUGCAGCAGAGCAAGGAGAUGAAUCAUUUCUGAAACCCAACAAAGGGAGCAGUAUUUCUGAGGGCUACAAGUCCGACCUCACAGAGCAGCUGUCUACGAACACAAGCACCAUUCUACGUGCAGGUUCUGGUGAAGUAGUCGAGCCGGGCGUUGAAGUCCAAGAAACAAGGUCUUCCUCUGAUUCAGAUAACUCAAGCAGAACUCAUAUAAUUCCCAGCAACUCGAGUCAGAGAAAGCGUCUCAGCAAAAGAAGAAAGACCUUAGGACAUGCUGAUCAUCACGACAAACAUCACGAGGCAUAUACCGAGGCUGUGCAGAAUGCUCGGAACACGAUCUCGCUUGUUGCCAUCCUCAUAGCCACUGUCACUUUUGCUGCUGGUAUAGCCCCACCUGGUGGUGUUUAUCAGGAAGGUCCUCUCAAAGGGAAGGCAGUCGCUGGAAGAACAACAGCUUUCAAGGUCUUCGAGUUGAGCAACAAUGUCGCACUCUUUACAUCUCUCUGCAUAGUCGUUGUCCAAGUAAGCAUCAUACCAUUCCGAAGAAAACCGCAGAUGAGGUUGCUCGUGGUUUCCCACAAGGUCAUGUGGGCAUCGGUAUCGUUCAUGGCCACAGCAUAUGUUGCAGCCACAUGGGUAGUCCUCCCGCACGGUAACAGAGAUGAGUGGUUGCUAGUUCUGAUAAUAUCGAUCAGCGCAGGAACACUAGGGAUAGUUGUUCUCAGUCUAACCGUAACAUUGAUCGACCACUGGAUCCGGAAGUCAAGGUGGAGAAAGGAAACACAGCAGCAGGCUGUUGGAGCUGCAGAGCAGAGCUUCAAGUCCGUUGCAUCGGAUUACGAGAGCUCGAGGUCUCGAGGAUAUCAUUCAUACUGAAUUAUCCACAUUAAUUGUUACAGAAAAUGGAGUCGGUCAUUUUUUUUGGUUUCCCAUCAUAGAUUAUACGUGAGAAUAUACAUUUUGUGUAGUAUGGCAUAGGCAGACUUUGUUAAAUAGCUCGAGAGAAAUGUCAUAUUUGUAAAUGACAAAUAUUGCUAUAUACGUACAAAAAUUAUGGCUUCUA